CUAUGUAUUCCGUUUCUAAUAACCGCUUUGUGUAAACAAAAGUCCUGGGAAAUCUCUUAAAAAAUUUUUUUUUAUUAAAAAAAACGACUGUGACUUUUUUUUGUUCUGUUCUUCCUUUAAAAAAAAUAACUGGUGUCAGUGUGCAGUUGGAUAAAACUUCACGGCGAAUCCGCAUGAAAAAUGUAAUUGUUGUUUAACCGCUAGGAAAAACUGUCUAGCAACCGACAAAAACAAUAUAUAUUUUCCUCAGUCAUAUGGAUAUCUGAAAAUCAUCGUGAUUUAUUCAAUAAAACAAGAAAAUAACAAAAAAUACGAAAGUGUAGUUCGUUGUGAUCGGUCGCCAUUUAAAAACUGCGCGACAAACCGUAACCGGGGUUCUCACAGCCAAUGGCAAGGAUUCUCUCCCCCUCCUGUGUACUCCCUCCUUUGGCAAAGCAAUCACUUCGCCAUUACGCCAUUUUCGUGAGGCUCGUCGUCGGGGUGUCGUCAAUUUUACAUCUGCUAAAAUACAGAGGUCUUUCAUACUUGGACGUAAUUAUUUUAUCGAAUAUUUCACUCGAUUUUCACGUGGAAAUAAAAAAAACUAUGCUACAGAGAUAUUUUUCUCGUUUGACUGUGUGAGAAGAGGAGGGAAGUUUCGUUUCAUUUAUUUCAUUCUUCACAAGCCGUUCAUUGGGAGUUCAAGGGCUUCACUCCACUUGGUGCGCUUUUCGGUGACUGGGUUAUAGGCUGAAUCGCGUUGUUUAGGUGCCUCUGACCCCGAUCAAGAACAACAACGUUUUGAAAGCGAAUUAAAAAGGAAAAAAUAAAAAUUUUGCAAAAUAUAUAUGUAAUCAUAUAUAGAUAUAUGCCAGGUAUUUUGACGCGAUCCUAUGAACAAUGUCCGUGUGAUUUUACAAUGGAACAACAGCUUUUUCAACGUCGCCUUUCUGCCUGGAUUAAUCAUCAAAGCAACGGAUCUUCGAUAAAUUGAAUAUAUCGUCGAUUAUCUUCUUGCAUUAACGCACAUUUUAGAACAUCACGCUCGAAGACUGGAAAUCCUUUGUCGAGUUCCUGCUAAGAUUAUACCCAAUUUCUCCUACACUAUUCCAAAAUGAGUGUAAUAAUCAGACUUCAAAACUUGGCAUGGUCAGCAAAUGCCCUUGACAUCCGUCAGUUCUUCCGUGGGCUGAGCAUUCCCGAGGGUGGUGUCCACAUAGUCGGCGGCGAGUUGGGCGAUGCUUUCAUAGCUUUCAGCACCGAUGAGGAUGCCCGUCAGGCAAUGAUGAACGACGGUGGAAAAAUCAAAGAGAUGAAGAUUAAACUUUUGCUAAGUUCUCGUACCGAGAUGCAGAAGGUGAUCGAAGCGGCGCGUCAGCAGACAUUAUCUCUCCAAUCAUUUAUGCAAACACCAGUGCCAGCAGUGCCCCAACAAUCCAGUGUUACUCUUGCUAAUUCCCAGCAGCUCCAGCAGAAGCCAUCGCUGGCGGUUGAAACGAAACGCGACAAAGAACGCGAAAAUGAGAGUGAGUCGAACAAAGAUCGUAAAGAUCGUAGAGAUCGAUCGAGAUCGCGGGACAGAUCACGAUCUCGUGAUCGUGAUCGUGACAGAGACAGGCGUGAUCGUGGUAGAGACAGACGUAGACGAGACAGAAGUCGAUCGCGUGAUCGUCGCGAUCGUGGCAGACGACGUAGAGAUCCAUCUCGUUCGCGAGAUCGUACACGUUCACGGGAUAGAGACAACAAGCGUAGUUCACACAGCGAUAGACGCAAAGAUAAUCAGGACGAUGAUAAUGGGGAGGUGGUUAUUGUUGGAUCAUUUCCCAAGGAUAAACAGAGUGGGAGCAAAGGCUCGGGGAAAAAGGGAAAUACAUCUGGGGGAAAUGCUAUGGAGAAUGGCAUUUGGGAGGUCCCUCCCCAGAGUCAAAUGCCUUUGAUUUUAGCACCGGGUAUACUCGGUGCAGGUAUUGCUGCAAUUCCAGAGACAGAUAGAUCUAUGAAUUUUCCAGCAGUUGGACCAGCGUCACUCAUUCAAUCUAAUCAAUUUCAAGCACUCAAUGGUAUUAAUGGGAGUGGGCUCCAAUCAUCUGCGAUUAAUUCACUGGCUCUUAAUUCAUUGCCGCCGUCCCUGGGACUAUCCAGUAUUAAUUCGUUGAAACGUGACAAUCAGUGGCCGAAUGAUCGACCACCACGUUUGAGUGACAUAAGAUUUCCCAUGAGAUCCGCACCCUUUGAUAAUUUUUCAAACUUUGGGAAUAACAAUUUCCGAGGCAAUUCGAGGGGGAAUUCACAUUUGUUGAGUAAAAUGCAGGAGUUGGAUGGCAGGAGAAAUCCUCAUGCCUUUCAGACAAGUUCAUCACCUUACGAUAAUUUUUCUGGAAACUCUGACAGACAAAAGUCGAGAAAUGGUGGUAACGGGGGGAGAUUCGAUAAAUCAAUCGGUCACUGUAUAGAAGUUCGUAAUAUGCCAUUGAAUACCACUUACGGAGAUGUUAGACAUGCAUUUCAGGGUAUCUACAUUCGCAAAGAUGGUUUAAAGCUCAUCAAUGAUACUCAAGGUAAUCGAGUAGGAAUAGCUUACAUCAGAUUUCUCAAACCCGAGGGUAAAGAGCUAGCUCUCAGUGUUCCACGAUUUAUCCGUGGAUCGGAAGUCGAGGUGUGUUCACUCGAUGAAAGUCUCUUCGAUAAGGCCGUCGAUUCCUACGUUCCAGAGCGUGAAAAAAGCGAGGAGAAUACCGAGAGCAGUUGCAAUGAUUCACGAAACUCCUGUAUUUUACUUGCCGAUCUUCCCUCAUUUACCAAAGACGCCGACAUUGCCAAGGAAUUUGAAGAAUGUAAAAUAAACGAUCUAUUCGUAACGUCGAAGAAAGACUCGAGUGGUACAGCCCAGUACAUGGCAUAUGUACAAUUCUCGAGAGGUGAGGAUGCUAAAGCUGCGUUAGCAAGCCCAUUGAAAAUAGGACAAAAAUCUAUCACAGCGAUGUCGAUAAGCGAUGAUAAAUAUGCUCAAGCCAAACGCACCCACGAACAGGAAACACUUGGUGAAGCCAGUACACCCGAUUGCAUUAUCAUGAGGGGAUUACCUUUCCAGGUGAUUGAACGCGAUAUUCAAGACUUUUUUUCAGAUAUUGGAAUUGUACCACGUAGAAUUCAUAUGAUGUUGAACAAUCAUGGCGCACCAGCGGGCGAGUGUUUUUGUGAAUUUGAGAGUGCAGAGGAGGCAGUUAGGGCGACUGGUAAGAGUGGAUUACCAAUGGGAAAAAAUUUCCCCACCAUUGAGCUCGUUGCGAGAAAUAAAAUGCUGGAUAUGUUGGCGAAUGUCGACACACAAUUUGGGGAUACACAGCAGCCGUUUCCCUUGCCCCUUCAGGAUCGUCCGAGAUUUUCGCCGAUGGGAAAUCAUCCACCCAGGUUUGGAAACGGAGGAUUUGGCCUACCCAGGGGACCACCUGGUAUCAUGUCACUUCCCAGACACAUGCCCAUGAACAGACCAGGCCCAUGUCCACCUGGCUCAUCACUGGAUUACGUCGAGGGCUUUGGAAAACCUGGUUGCGUUCUCUCCCUCGAGAAUGUACCCUUCAAGGCUGAUAUCAACGAGAUCAUUGAGUUCUUCAGGGACUUCGAUGUCAAGAGGGAAAAUGUCAUUAGACGAUACAAUGACAAGGGAAUGCCCACUGGCGAUGCCAGAGUGGCUUUUUCAUCAUCUGGUGAGGCACAACGAGCCUUGAGGGAGCUCAGACACUGCAAAGUGAGGGAUAGGACAAUCUACAUGAAACUGGCGUGAGGGGAUUCAAUCGACGAUCUGUGAAACAACAAAUUCAUUUGCAAUACUAUAUUAUACUGAAAUAGUGUGUAUAAAUUCAUCUUGAUAAUUACGGACUGGGUGAGGGUGUCCCAUUAUCUGCGACGAAGGUCUUUUGAUAUUUGAUUUAUAAUCAGUCAGUGUUGACGUACUGACAUAACUGAAAGAACUGGUAAUUAGGGUAGCACGUUUCAACAGAUUGAGGUGAUUGCGUCGGUAGCUUCUAGAGUUCUUUACAUUGGCAGUGUAAUUAAAUAUUUGUAUAUAGAGUUUAGAUGCCAAUGGGGAAAUGAACUACUAUUUGUUUCAUUUCUUUUAAUUUGUUUUAUGAUGAUGGUCCAAUUUGAGAGAGUGACAUCGGUACGAAAGGGUUUCAAUUUCAAUCACAGCUCGUGUCAUUAUUAGUCAUAUCUGGUAGAUAUAUGGAAUUAUACGAAUGAAAUGAUGGCGGAGGGAUAGAUAAUAGGGCGACGUAUUAAAUAAUCAACUAGUUUAUCUUGAUUAAUUUUUCCAUUGUGUAACAUUUAUUUCUGCAUCAUUUUUUUUCGAUAUAUAUGUAUUAUACUUAGGCAUAAGUAUUUGUGAAUUAUUGAACAAGCGCGACUCGCAGGUAGAAUUAAGUUAUUCAUUAAUUGUAAAGAAAUAUGGUAAUUUAAUAAUUGACUUAUUUUGUUAUUUUCUACACCUGUUAUUAUAGUAACAGAAAGUUACCCCUUUAAUUGAGCGAGAAUAUAACGAAAAAGCUAUCACUAUGACUUGUAAUCGAUCGUUUGGCUGAGAGAGUAGAUGCAAUAGAUGAAUGUAUCUGGACUAAUGCAAGAACGCCUUGGUUACUUGAAUAAAGUUUAUAUUUGAGAGAUUAA